GUGAAAUGCCGCGCGCAUGAGAAGCGAAUGCAUGCGUUCAUUAGAGAUGCACUGAAAGCGGCAUGCGCUGUGUGUAAGUGAGCACUGAGGAGACUCGUAUGAGGAGUACAGAGAAUACUUUGUGCCCCUGUUGGCGAGAUGGUUGAGUCCUCGUCAAGGUUCUGCUGCUGUUGGUCUCCUCAUACAUCCAGCGCUGACUGACUCCAGAUCAGUCUCUCUCUCUCCAGCGCGAGGAAUACCCGUUUCUGCCGGACACCUGACAGUAUGAGAGCAGAUGAUAAUGAUGGAUGCCGAGGAUUUUUAGUGCUUUCGAAUAGAGGAUUUAUCAGAUGCGCUCGCGCUACCACGAUGACGAUUAAAACUGGAUUUAUCAUUGGGAAUAUAGUGUUGUGCUGUGCACUGUCGUGUGCUCAGGGUUUCAUCUAUACAUGUGGUGGGACAUUAAAAGGGAAAAAUGGGACCAUAGAAAGUCCAGGCUUUCCUCACGGAUACCCUAACGGAGCGAACUGUACAUGGGUUAUUAUAGCCGAGGAGAGGAGCAGAAUUCAUAUAGUUUUUCAGUCCUUCGCUGUGGAGGAAGAAUAUGACUUUUUAUCUUUAUAUGAUGGACAUCCUCAUCCUGCGAACUUCAGGACAAGGUUAACAGGAUUCCAGGUGCCAGCUCCUGUCACAAGUACCGGAUCCAUUUUUUCCUUGCGUCUUACCAGCGACUUUGCUGUAAGCGCCCAUGGAUUUAAAAUAUAUUAUGAAGAACUACAAAGCAGUUCUUGUGGGAAUCCCGGAGUUCCAGCCAAAGGAAUCCUGAACGGAUCCAGCUUUAACGUGGGAGACCGAAUCCGGUACCACUGUGUGUCUGGAUACACACUCGACGGCCACGCUCAGCUCACCUGUGUCACCAGCACAUCUAAUGUCGCCGUGUGGGACUUCCCCAUCCCCAUCUGCAGAGCGGAGGACACGUGUGGCGGGACCUUCCGCAGCUCCAGCGGGAGCAUCUCCAGUCCAGAUUUCCAGAAGGAUUAUCAGAGCAGUGGCGAAUGUACGUGGACGAUCCUCGCGGAUCCGGGAGACACAAUCUCACUGGUCUUCACUGAGUUCCAGAUGGACAGCAAACUCGACUCGUUAGAAGUGGAGGGAUCCGAUCCUCCAACAAUAUGGUUAUCAGGGAUUAAUAUUCCCGUUCCCAUCGUCAGCAACAAGAACUGGCUUCGGCUUCACUUCGUGACAGACAACAGCCAUCGGCACAAAGGAUUCACUGCGCAGUAUCAAGUGAAACGAUCUGGAGACUUUAAAUCAAGGGGAGUCAAAUUACUACCUGGAAAAGACAAUACGAGCAAAUUUUCAAUAAUGAAUGAAGGAAUGGUCAAGCAGGUUUCCAAUUUCUGCCCAGACCCCGGGGAACCGGAGAACGGAAAGCGCCUCGGCACAGAUUACAGCAUCGGUGCGAUGGUUCACUUCAUCUGUGACGAGGAUCACGUGCUCCAGGGAUCUAAGAUCAUCACGUGUCAGAGAGUGGCGGAGGUGUUCGCGGCCUGGAGCGACCACAGACCCGUCUGCAAACUGAAAACAUGCGGGAUGAACCUGUCCGGUCCUUCAGGAACGUUUACAUCGCCUAACUUCCCCAUCCAGUACGAGAGUAACUCGCAGUGUGUCUGGAUUAUCAGCGCCAGCAACCCCAACAAGGUUAUUCAGAUCAACUUCGAAGAGUUCGACCUGGAGCUGGGAUACGAUACGCUGACUGUCGGAGACGGUGGAGAGGUCGGAGACUCCAAAACAAUCAUACAAGUGUUAACUGGCAGCUUCGUCCCGGACCUCAUCGUCAGCAUGACCCAUCAGAUGUGGCUUCAUCUGCAGUCGGAUGAAAGCGUGGGCUCUAUCGGCUUUAAGAUCAACUAUAAAGAAAUCGACAAGGAAAGUUGCGGGGAUCCCGGGAUCCCUCUGUACGGACUCCGCGAGGGCGCCGGCUUCUCCAACGGGGACGUUCUGCGCUUCGAGUGCCAGUUCGGGUUCGAGCUCAUCGGAGAACGGAUGAUUUCCUGUCAGAACAACAAUCAGUGGUCUGCAAACAUCCCUAUCUGUAUAUUUCCCUGUAUGUCCAACUUCACGGCUGCGAUGGGAACCGUUCUGUCUCCGGAUUAUCCCGAGGGAUACGGGAACAACCUGAACUGUGUGUGGCUGAUCAUCACUGAGCCGGGCAGCCGAAUCCAUCUGGCCUUCAACGACUUCGACCUGGAGCCCCCGUACGACUCGCUGACGGUGCGGGACGGGGAUCUGGUGGAGGCGCUGGUGUUGGGACGCUUCUCCGGGGCCGAGGUGCCUUCACAUCUCACCAGCAACUCUAACAUCAUCCAGCUGGAGUUCCAGGCCGACCACUCGAUGUCCGGCCGAGGCUUCAACAUCUCCUACAGCACGUUUGGACACAAUGAGUGCCCGGACCCCGGAGUGCCGAUGAAUGCCAAGCGCUUUGGUAAUAAUUUCCAGCUGGGAAGCUCCAUAUCAGUGGUGUGUGAGGAGGGCUUCAUAAAGACGCAAGGCUCGGAUACUAUUGUGUGUGAGCUGGAGGCGGGAAAGGUGAUGUGGAGUGGUUUGAUCCCCAAGUGUGAAGCCCCGUGUGGAGGCCACUUCACGGCGCCGGUGGGACUGGUUCUGUCCCCGGGGUGGCCCGGAUACUACAAAGAUUCCCUGAGCUGCGAGUGGGUCAUCGAGGCCGAGGCGGGACGCUCCAUCAAGAUCAGCUUUGACAGGUUCCAGACAGAACUCAAUUAUGACUUUCUGGAGGUUCACGAUGGGCCUAAUCUCCUCUCGCCUCUUAUCGCCUCUCUAAAUGGCACCCAAGUCCCUCAGUUCCUGUUCAGCAGCGGAAACUUCCUGUAUCUUCUCUUCACCACCGAUAACAGUCGCUCUAACAGUGGCUUUAAGCUCUUUUAUGAAAGCGUCACUCUGGACACUCAUUCAUGUCUGGAUCCCGGUGUUCCGGUAAACGGGAUCCGUUACGGGCAGGACUUGGCCAUCGGGUCGGUGGUGUGGUUCGGCUGUGAGCCCGGAUACAGACUGAGCCACGAGGACCAGUUAGUGUGUGAGAAGAACCACUGGUGGAGCCAUCCUCUGCCCACGUGUGACGCUCUGUGUGGAGGCGAUGUUCGCGGUCCGGAGGGCAUCAUCCUCUCUCCCGGCUUCCCCGAACUCUAUCCCAACUCAUUAAACUGCACCUGGACUCUGGAGGUCAGCCAUGGCAAAGGUGUGCAGUUCACGUUUCAUGCGUUUCACCUGGAGGAUCAUCAUGAUUAUCUGCUCCUGACGGAGAACGGCAGCUUCGCUCGCCCACUCGCUCGCCUCACCGGAUCCCAGAGGCCGACACCGCUCAACGCCGGGCUCUACGGGGACUUCAGGGCCCAGCUGCGCUUCAUCUCAGACUUCUCCAUUUCAUUCCAGGGGUUCAACAUCUCGUUCUCAGAAUAUGACCUGGAGCCAUGCGAGGACCCUGGCGCGCCGGUGUUUGGCAGGCACAGCGGCGGCAGCUUCGGCGUCGGCGCCAGCGUGGCGUUCUCGUGUGAGCUAGGCUAUCGUCUGCAGGGCGCUGGACAGAUCGCGUGUCUGGGUGGCGGGCGGCGUGUGUGGAGUGCACCUCUGCCAAGGUGUGUGGCUGAAUGCGGCUCGACCGUUUCCAAGAACUCCGGUGUCCUGUUGUCCCCAAACUAUCCCCACAAUUACGAGAACAACCACGAGUGCAUCUACAACAUUCAAGUACAGGGGGGGAAAGGAAUCAACAUAUCAGCGAACAGCUUUCAUCUGGCUCAAGGUGAUGUUCUCAAGAUAUAUGACGGUCCGGACAGCAGCGCAGAGGUUCUGGGAGGUUUCUCGGGUUCCUCUAUGUUGGGUCAGUCAUUGACCAGCACGUCGAAUCACCUGUGGCUCGAGUUUUACUCUGAUCAAGACGACACGGCCGAGGGAUUUAAGCUGGUUUACACCAGCUUCGAGCUCUCUCACUGUGAUGAACCCGGCGUUCCUCAGUUCGGAUCUAAAGCGAGCGACCAAGGCCACUUCUCCGGCAGUGUGAUCUCGUACCGCUGCGACCCGGGAUACGGUCUCCAUGGCAACCGCGUGUUGAGAUGCAUGACGGGCGAGAGACGGGCCUGGGACCAUCCGCUCCCCUCCUGCAUAGCGGAGUGUGGGGGAAGUUUUAAAGGUGAAUCAUCUGGACGCAUACUCUCUCCUGGAUACCCUUUUCCAUAUGACAACAACCUCCGCUGCACAUGGUCCAUCGAGGUGGACCCCGGCAACACUGUCAGCCUGCAGUUCUUGGCGUUUGACACGGAGGCGUCUCACGAUAUCCUGAAGGUUUGGGACGGGCACCCGGAGAACGAGAUGGCUCUGAGGGAAGUGAGCGGGUCUCUGUUACCCGACGGCAUCCACAGCACUCUCAACAUCGUCACCGUCCAGUUCGAGACGGACUUCUACAUCAGCAAAUCUGGAUUCGCCAUCGACUUCUCGAGUUCGGUGGCGACGGCCUGCCGGGAUCCGGGAACGCCGAUGAACGGGAGUCGCAGCGGAGACGGGAAGGAGCCGGGAGACACCGUGAGCUUCGCGUGUGAUCCGGGAUACGACCUGCAAGGAGAACCCAGGAUCUCCUGCAUUCAGGUGGACAACCGGUUCUUCUGGCAACCCAGUCCUCCCACCUGCAUCGCUCCGUGUGGAGGAAACAUCACCGGCUCGUCGGGGUUCAUUCUGUCCCCUAACUUCCCCCACCCGUACCCACACAGCAAAGACUGCGACUGGUUCAUCACGGUUCACCCUGACUACGUCAUCUCCUUGGCUUUUAUCAGUUUUAGCAUUGAGCCCAACUAUGACUUCUUGUACCUGUACGACGGGCCUCACAGCAACAGUCAUCUGAUCGGCACAUUUCAAGACAGCAAGUUGCCGGAGAAGGUAGAAAGCAGCUCGAACAUCAUGCACAUCGCCUUCCGCAGCGACGGGUCCGUGAGCUACACCGGCUUCCAUCUCGAAUACAAGGCUAAACUGCGCGAGGCCUGCUUCGACCCGGGCAGUGUGAUGAACGGCACUCGGCUGGGCGGAGACUAUAAGCUGGGCUCCACUGUGACCUUCCACUGUGACCCGGGAUACCAGCUGACGGGUUACUCCAGCCUCACCUGUGUGAUGGGCGGCACCAACAGACCCGAGUGGAACCGAGCUCUGCCCAGCUGUCGAGCUCCGUGUGGGAGCCGGUCGACGGGGUCCGAGGGCACGGUCCUGUCCCCGAACUACCCCCGCAACUACACCGAGGGCCAGUCCUGCGUGUACGAGAUCUCGGUGCCGGGAGAGUUCGUUCUCUUCGGCCAGUUUCUGUUCUUCCAGACGAGCUCUAAUGAUGUGGUUGAGAUCUUCGACGGGCCCUCGACCGAGUCUGCGCUCCUCAGCUCCAGCUACGGCUCUCACUCAGGAGAGCCGUUGCCGCUGAGCUCUGCCAAUGAAAUCACCAUCAGGUUCAAAACGGAGGGACCCAAUACAGCUAAAGGUUUUCAUUUCGUGUAUCAAGCUGUUCCACGGACCAGUGCUUCCCAGUGCAGCUCCAUGCCCGAGCCCCGCUAUGGGAAGCGCAUUGGGAAUGACUUUGGAUUGGGCACGUUUGUGCUGUUCGAGUGUAACCCAGGAUACUCUCUCCACGGUGCCAGUGCCAUCAGGUGUGAGGCCGUGCCCAACUCUCUGGCCCAGUGGAACGGCACUGUGCCAACAUGUGUGGUGCCGUGUGGAGGAGUCCUGACCGCUCGCCGCGGGACCGUCCUGUCUCCCGCUUAUCCCGAUCCGUACGACAACCACCUCAACUGCGUCUGGAAGAUCUUUGUGCCGGAGGGAACCGGGAUCCAAAUUACAGUCGUGACGUUUUCCACCGAACACAACUGGGACUCGCUGGACUUUUACGACGGCGUCGACAGCAAUGCUCCGAGACUCGGGAGUUAUUCGGGGACGACGAUCCCUCCCCUGCUGAACACCACGUCCAACAACCUGUACCUCACCUUCCAGACCGACAUGAGCGUUUCCGGAGCCGGCUUCCACCUGGAGUACACAGCAAUAGGUCUGGACUCCUGCCCGGAGCCACAGACCCCCAGCAGCGGAGUGAAGGUGGGCGAGCGAUACCUCGUGGGGGACGUCGUCUCCUUCCACUGCGAGCAGGGAUACACACUGAAGGGAAGUGCGUAUAUAACAUGCAUGCCGGGACCCGUCAGACGCUGGAACUACCCCACUCCUCUGUGUCUGGCUCAGUGUGGAGGAUUCCUGUCCGAAAUGAAUGGAGUUAUCCUGAGUCCCGGUUUUCCUGGGAAUUAUCCCAGUGGGCUUGACUGCAACUGGACGGUUAAACUUCCCGUCGGCUUUGGGAUUCACCUGCAGUUCCUGAACUUCUCCACGGAGUCUGUUCACGAUUACCUGGAAGUGCGCGGCGGGACGCUGGAUUCGGGUUCGGUGAUCGACAGGUUCAGUGGGCCUGCUGUUCCCGAGUCUUUCUUCAGCACGACCCACGAGACGAGCUUCUUCUUUCACAGCGACUACUCGCAGAACAAGCCCGGCUUCCACAUCACCUACGAGGCUUAUGAGCUGCAGAGGUGUCCGGAUCCGCGGCCCUUCCGGAACGGACUGGUGAUCGGCAGUGAUUUCGGCGUGGGAAUGACCAUCUCGUUCCAGUGCCUGCCGGGAUACACACUUCUGGGCGAAUCGGCGCUCACGUGUUUGCAUGGCAUCAGCCGCAACUGGAACCAUCCCGUGCCUCGAUGCGAUGCUCUGUGCGGUGGUAAUAUCACAGCGCUCAACGGCACCAUCUACUCUCCGGGACACCCGGCCGAUUACCCCAAUCUUAAAGACUGCAUCUGGAGCAUCCGAGUCCCUCCAGGCAACGGCAUCCACAUCAACUUCACCGUGCUCAACACCGAGCCCAUCUACGACUACAUCACCAUCUGGGACGGCCCUGACCAAGCAUCUCCUCAGAUCGGUCAGUUCAGCGGGAGCUCGUCUCAGGAGUUCGUUUCCAGCACGUCCAAUCAGAUCCUGCUAAAGUUCCACAGCGACUUCAGCACCAGCGGAUUCUUUGUUCUGCGUUUCCAUGCUUACCAACUCCGUGUGUGUCAACCUCCCGCACUCGUCGCCAACGCAGAGAUCCUGGCGGAAGAUGAUGAAUUCCAAAUUGGAGACAUCAUCAGGUACCGGUGCCUGCCGGGCUUCUCGCUGCUCGGGUCCGAGAUCUUGACCUGUCGGCUGGGCGAGAGACUCCAGAUGGAUGGUCCUCCGCCCGUGUGCCAGGUGCAAUGUCCCGACAGCGAGGUUCUGUUCGACUCGACGGGUGUGAUCCUGAGUCCGGGUUACCCCGACAGCUACCCCAACCUUCAGAUGUGCUCAUGGAUGAUCAACGUGGAGAAGGGCUACAACAUCACACUGCACUUUGAACUCUUCCAGACGGAGAAGGAGUUUGAUAUUCUGGAGAUCUUUGAUGGGCCUAAUGUUUACAGUCAGAGUCUUGCGGUGUUGAGUGGAGAUCAGCGCGUGCCGUUUAACAUCACCACGACGGGUCACCAGCUGUUCCUGCGCUGGUCGUCCGAUCACGGCACCAACAAGAAGGGCUUCCGGAUCGCUUACGUGGGUGAGUAUCAAACGCUGUACUGCAGUACGCCGGACUCUCCUCAGCACGGCUUCGUCCUCAGUCAGACCGGUGGACACGUCAACAGCGUCGUGCGCUGGGCCUGCGACCGCGGAUACCGGCUCAUCGGGAACAACUCGGCCGUCUGUAGGAGAACAGCACUCGCUCAUCUGGCCUGGGACUCCAGUGUGCCCGCGUGCCAAGCUGUGUCGUGUGGGCCGCCGGUGGCUCCGCUGAACGGAGGCGUUCUGGCUGUGGAUUAUUCUUCAGGGACACGAGCCACGUAUUUCUGCAGCGACGGCUUCCGCCUGUCCUCGAAAGAAGUGACGAGCAGCGUGUGUCAGGCCGACGGCACCUGGAGCACACACAAUAAAACCCCUCGCUGCACAGUCGUGGUGUGUCCCAGUAUCGGCUCCUUCUCGCUGGAUCACGGCAAGUGGAGGAUCGUCAACGGCUCUCGCUACGAGUUCGGCACGAGGGUGGCCUUCGCCUGCAACCCGGGCUUCUUCCGGCUCGGCCCCGCACACAUCCACUGCACGUCCAACGGCACCUGGAGCUGGAGGAACGAGAGACCUCGCUGCAAGAUCAUUUCGUGUGGAGAGCUGCCCACUCCUCCUAAUGGAAAGAAGAUUGGGACACAGACGACCUUCGGAGCAACCGCUAUAUUUACCUGCAACUCGGGCUUUAUUCUGGUGGGCUCGAGUGUUCGGGAAUGCCUGUCCUCGGGUCUCUGGAGCGGGACAGAAACACACUGUCUCGCCGGCCACUGUGGCGUUCCGGAGAGGAUCGUGAACGGGCAAGUGAUCGGAGAAAACUUCGGCUACAGGGAUACAGUGGUUUACCAGUGUAAUCCGGGUUUCCGGCUCAUCGGUUCCUCUGUGCGAAUCUGCCAACAGGAUCACAACUGGUCCGGGCAGCUCCCGUCCUGUGUGUCCGUUAGCUGUGGUCAUCCAGGGAGCCCGAUCUACGGUCGCACGGUUGGCGACGGCUUCAACCUGAACGACGUGGUGAACUUCUUCUGCAAUAACGGCUAUAUUCUGGAAGGCCCGUCUCGAGCGCAGUGCCAGUCGGACCGCCAGUGGAGCCGCCAGCCGCCGACAUGCAGAGUCGUCAACUGCACUGAUCCCGGUAUUCCAGCAAACUCCAUCAGGAAGAGCAAAAUUGAGUACGGGAACUUCACUUUCGGGACCGUAGUUUCCUACGACUGCAAUCCCGGGUAUUACCUCUUCGGCUCCUCGGUCCUAACCUGCCAGCCGGUGGGAUACUGGGACAAACCGUUACCAGAAUGCCUGGAGGUGGACUGUGGUCACCCUGGAUCUCCUCCUCAUGCCGUCGUGACGGGAGAGAAAUUCACCUUCGGAUCUACAGUUCACUACAGGUGUUUAGAAGACCGAGCUCUGAUUGGUGAAUCCACUCGCUCCUGCCAGCUGAACGGCCAAUGGAGCGGCUCGCAGCCACACUGCUCAGGCGAUAAGCGAGGCGGCUGUGGGGAUCCGGGAACACCGGCUCACGCCACGCGAGAGGAGGGAAGCUUCCAGCAACACGCUAAAGUGCGCUUCACCUGCUCCACGGGACACACACUCUACGGCUCGGCCGAGCGCAUCUGCUUCCCCAACGCCACGUGGUCGGGCCGGCAGCCCACCUGCAAACCUGUUCAGUGUGGGAAUCCCGGGACUCCGGCUAACGGGCAGAUCUUGCGUGUUCAUGGCACUAGUUUCUCUCACUCCAUCAUCUACUCGUGUGUGGAAGGAUACCGUCUCUCCGGUUCUCCAUCUCGGCAGUGCCUGGCCAACGGGACCUGGUCUGGCGCCGAGCCCAACUGCACCCUGAUCAGCUGUGGGGAUCCAGGCGUUCCUGCCAGUGGUCUGAGGUUCGGCGAGGAGUUCACCGUUGGACAGAACGUGACGUAUUCCUGCCAGCCCGGGUUCCUGAUGGAGAACGGGAGUGUGUUUAUCCGGACCUGCACUCGCAACGGCACCUGGAGCGCCACAUUACCCUCGUGCCGAGCGGUGUCCUGCGCUGCUCCUCCCAGCGUCUCGUACGGAGAGGUGGAGGGGUCGGAGUUCGCCUGGGGCACGAGCGUGAGCUACAGGUGCAUGAUGGGAUACGAGCUCUCCUUCCCCGCGGUGCUCACGUGUGUGUCCGACGGAUCCUGGAGCGGAGAGAUUCCUCUGUGUCUGCCGAAGUUCUGCGGUGACCCGGGCGUCCCGGCCGGCGCCACACGAGAGGGCCAGAGCUUCAUCUUCAGAGCCGAGGUGUUCUUCAGCUGUAGCACCCCCUAUCUACUGGUGGGCUCAUCGACACGGACCUGCCAGUCAGACGCCACCUGGAGCGGCUCGCAACCGCGCUGCAUAGAACCGCAUCGGACGACGUGUGAAAAUCCCGGUUCUCCGGAGUUCGGCUCCAUGAACAGCAGUCUGGGCUUUAAGAUGGGCAGCUCAGUGAGGUUCCUCUGUCAGGUGGGGCACCUGUUACUGGGCUCCACCACACGCACCUGUCAGCCGGAUCUGACCUGGAGCGGCUCUCAGCCUCAGUGCAUCCCUCACUCCUGUAAGCAGCCGAAGACGCCGGCGCAUGCAAACGUCCUGGGCCUCGACCUGCCGUCCUUCGGAUACACACUCCUCUACUCCUGCCAGCCGGGAUUCAUCCUCACCGGCGGCUCCGAGCACCGGGCGUGCCGACCCGACGGGUCCUGGACCGGGAAAGUGCCUGUUUGUAGAGCUGGCUCGAAAACAUCAGAAAAAGUCAUAACACCUGUUCAAGGAACAGCGAGUCCCAAAGUCAACGUUCCUGACGAUGUGUUCGCGCCCACGUACGUGUGGAGAGGUUCGUUUGAGUAUAAAGGAGUGAAACAGCCGAUGACUUUGACGAUCACUAGCUUUAACGCGACGUCGGGGAAAGUCAACGUGACGUUAACCAACAGGCACUCGGAGCUGCUGUUGUCGGGUGUGUAUAAGAGCCGAGCGGCCCGUCUGACGCUGCGUCUGCAUCACAUGCGGUCUCUGGUGAAGAGCAGCUUCAGUCAGAUCUCUGAGCAGACCCUGAUCAUGGACGGCUUUGUUUCUGCGGAUCAUGAAGGAAACACGUACUUGUUUCAAGGCUUCAUUCAGGCUCGAGAUUACGGGCCUUUCGGACUACAGAGACAAGGUCUGAACACACUGGAUCCGACCAGGAGCGCUGAGAUCCCGCCCAGAUCCAACAGCAGUUCAGUGGCCGUCGCCAUUCUUGUGCCUUUCUUUGCCCUGAUCUUCGCCGGCUUUGGGUUUUACCUGUACAAGCAGAGAAAGUCUGAUAAAGCGGAGUUCAGCGGCUGCUCUGUGCAUGAAAACAACAACGGUCAGGCCACGUUCGAGAACCCCAUGUACAACACCAGCUCCAAGUCCAUCGAGGGCAAGGUCGUCCGCUUCGAUCCCAAUCUCAACACGGUUUGCACAAUGGUUUGAGGAUUUGAGCUGGUCUGUUCCUCCAGUCUCUCCGAAGCACAGUUGGGGUUCAGUACUCACACCACAGCUCAAAGCUACGCGCAGAUUUGCAGGAAAACGUCUUAUUCUUCGCAGUUCGAGUGGAGAAUUAUAUAUAUUAUAUACAUCUCACUCUGAGAGUGUUGGUUUUGUAUUUAAAAGCAAACAGAAACAUAAAAAGGUGUGUGUUUUUUAGUGCUGGGCAAUGAUUAA